AUGGCUUAUGAUACAAAGUUGUUCAUGUUCGGGAUCGAUGCUCGUGUGGGUUUUGCUUUGAUCAGGUCUGAUUCUGAAUCUGGGUCUUGUGUCUCAAUGGAAUUGGUCUCUGAAAACACUAAGCUUUUCAUCUUCUUCGUGUGUCUCUAA